GGAAGCAAAGAGAGCAGAAGAAGGCAGAGCAAAAGAAACUGAGAGCCGGGGGUGGAAGAAAGAAAGGCAGAAAAGCGAAGAUCGUGACCUCCCCCAACAAGUGAUCCUUGCACAUAUGUUGUGUAAAGUGUGUGCAAAACAGAGACCUCCUGCGUGGUGCGUGUGUGUUUCGCCGCCGCGGCCGGUGCCUCUCGCAGGCGGCGCUGCCGGUGCCGGGGAGACGCAUCAUUUGGCGGAGCGAAGCGGCUAAUUGCGGAGCCCCGUCCUUCAUUUACAUAUGCAGCCUGGGUCCGCUGGAGCCGCGCCAAUCGGCGCUCGCCCCCAGCACCAUUAAUCGCCAUGCAUUAUUCACAAUCAUAAUUACCGAGCCCCAUGCGCGCUCCGCGCAGCCGCCCCAGCCCGCGCACUCCCCGCCGCACCGCGCACACCCCGCCCGGCUAAUCCCCGCUCGCUCACCCGCUCGCUCCUCACUCACUCACUCCUACUUUGGUUGGCUGGUUAGUGUUGGGGCUUUUUUUUUUUUUUUUUUUCCCUUUUCUUGUUUGUUUGGUUUGUUUUGCAACUCGACUUUUAUUUGUGAAUAGUUAUUUCCAGCUGCCCCCCACCUCCCUUCCCUCGUUCCCAAUUCCUCCCCCCUUUCCACCUCCACGUCGCUGAUGCCUCUGCAAAAAGCAGAGUCAAGACGGCUCAGUUAGCAGCAUGUCUCGUCGAAAGCAAGCGAAACCCCAGCAUCUCAAAUCGGACGAAGAGCUGCAAGCGGAGGUAGUUUCUGAGCACGCAGUCCCAGGAGAAGGAGCAGAUGAUGGUGAUAGCGGGAACGAGAGCAGGAGUGGAAGUGAAGAAACCAACAUUUGUGAGAAGUGCUGUGCCGAGUUCUUCAAGUGGACGGAUUUCCUGGAGCAUAAGAAGAGCUGCACUAAAAACCCCCUGGUGCUGAUUGUGAACGAAGAUGAAGCAGCUCCACCUCCUGCUCAGGAGUUCCCCGAGCCCUCACCUGCUAGCUCGCCUAGUGAACAGGCAGAGAGUGAAGCCACUGAAGAAGGCGUCCAGGCAGAAAACAAUGAUAGCUCUGAGAUAAAAAACACGGAAAAGGAAGAAGAGCCGAUGGAGGUAGAAACUUCUGCAGAGAAAAGCUUCCAGAAUCAAGGCACCUCAAACGCAGCUACUCCUCUACCUCAGAUCCCUGAACCAUCUUCCAUGACAAGCUAUAGCAUGCCAAACACCAAUGUCACACUAGAGACACUGCUGAGCACUAAAGUGGCAGUUGCACAGUUCUCGCAGAGCACGCGGACUGCUGCUUCCACAAGCAUCAGCAGUGGGGUGACGGCUGUGGCCAUCCCCAUGAUCCUGGAGCAGCUCAUGGCCCUUCAGCAGCAGCAGAUUCACCAGCUCCAGCUAAUCGAGCAGAUUCGCAGUCAGGUGGCGAUGAUGAACCGCCAGCCACUACGGCCAUCCCUGAACCCAGUUGUGGCCGCCCAGGGUGGUCCCGGACAUACAUCCAACCAGUUGCAGGGAUUUGCCACCAGUGCUGCUGUCCAGCUCACAGCAGUCAUUCCUUCCUCCAUUGUGGGGCAGGCCACCAGCGGUCAGUCCACUGCCUUCGACGGCUCUCAGCACAUCUCAAGACCUACAUCUGGAGCAAGUACACCCAAUAUUUCCAGCAGUGGCUCUUCCGCCCUGCCUGAACCAAGCAUACCCUCCUCCUCAAAUGCACUUACAUCCAUAACUCCUGCGUCCAUGUCAAAUGCUCCUAACAGUGCUUCGCAGACGCAGAAUGCUUCAGCUCUGCCUUCAAUAGGACAUGGAAGCCUCACCUCGGUGUCCGGCCUGCCAAACCCACUUCUACCUCAGACUUCUUCAAAUAGUGUGAUCUUCCCCAAUCCACUGGUUAGCAUUGCUGCGACCGCUAACGCGCUAGAUCCUCUGUCUGCCCUUAUGAAGCACCGCAAAGGAAAACCACCAAAUGUAUCGGUGUUUGAACCCAAGUCAAGCUCUGAGGAUCCCUUUUUUAAACAUAAAUGCCGAUUUUGUGCCAAGGUCUUUGGAAGUGACAGUGCUUUACAAAUUCACCUCCGCUCGCAUACAGGCGAAAGACCUUUUAAAUGUAACAUAUGUGGAAACCGCUUUUCCACAAAGGGCAAUCUGAAAGUUCAUUUUCAGAGGCAUAAAGAGAAAUACCCUCAUAUUCAGAUGAACCCCUAUCCUGUUCCAGAAUACCUCGAUAAUGUGCCCACCUGCUCUGGAAUCCCAUAUGGGAUGUCGCUGCCCCCUGAAAAGCCAGUCACAACAUGGUUGGACAGCAAACCUGUUUUACCAACAGUCCCGACUUCGAUCGGGCUGCAGCUGCCCCCCACUAUACCCAGUGUGAACAGUUACGGAGACUCUCCAAGUAUCACUCCCAUGAGCCGGUCACCCCAGAGGCCUUCUCCUGCCUCCAGUGAAUGCACUUCUCUGUCCCCGAGCCUCAACACUUCUGAGUCGGGUGUUCCAGUGUCUGCCGAAUCCCCGCAGCCCAUUCAGAGUGGCUCGUCUCUGACGAAGGCAGAGCCCAUCACUCUGCCUCCCACGAGCACGCGGCUUGGGGACCUUUCUGCAGGUGGGCAAGUUCCCACAGCUUCCACAUCUUCGAUUCCUACUGCUGUUACAGACAGUAGUGUUGCAACAAGCCUCCCAAACCCUGUGCUUCCAGCAGUGUCUGACCAGUUUAAGGCAAAGUUUCCCUUUGGUGGUCUACUAGACUCUAUGCAAACAUCAGAAACCUCAAAGCUACAACAGCUAGUGGAAAACAUUGAUAAGAAGAUGACAGAUCCAAAUCAAUGUGUCAUUUGUCACCGUGUGCUUAGUUGUCAGAGUGCUCUCAAGAUGCAUUACAGAACACAUACAGGAGAAAGACCAUUUAAAUGCAAAAUUUGUGGACGUGCCUUUACUACAAAAGGCAAUCUAAAAACGCAUUUUGGAGUUCAUCGAGCAAAGCCACCACUUAGAGUACAGCACUCAUGUCCUAUUUGUCAGAAGAAAUUUACAAAUGCAGUUGUUCUUCAGCAGCACAUUCGUAUGCAUAUGGGUGGGCAAAUUCCAAACACGCCACUACCAGAGGGCUUCCAGGAUGCCAUGGACUCAGAGCUUUCCUAUGAUGAGAAAAAUGUUGAGACGCUGAGCAACUUCGAUGAUGACAUUGAUGAAAAUUCUAUGGAAGAGGACCCAGAACUAAAGGACACAGCAAGUGACUCAUCCAAACCCCUUAUCUCUUACUCUGGGUCAUGUCCUUCUUCACCACCUUCCGUGAUCUCCAGUAUUGCUGCUUUGGAGAAUCAAAUGAAAAUGAUUGAUUCUGUCAUGAACUGUCAGCAGCUGACCAGUUUAAAAUCCAUAGAAAAUGGAUCAGGGGAAAGUGACCAUUUGAGCAAUGACUCCUCAUCGGCUGUUGGUGAUCUCGAAAGCCAGAGUGCAGGCAGCCCUGCAAUGUCAGAAUCUUCUUCCUCCAUGCAAGCUUUGUCUCCUGUAAACAGCAAUAGUGAAAGUUUCAGAUCAAAGUCCCCAGGUCUCAGUAACCAAGAAGAGCCACAAGAAAUACAAUUAAAGACAGAAAAACCAGACAGUCCACCACCCACAACUGAAAACGGAGGCGCAUUAGAUCUGACAUCCACCAACCCGGGAAGACCAGUCAUCAAAGAGGAAGCUCCUUUUAGCCUGCUGUUCCUGAACAGAGAACGUGGUCCCAGCCAAAGUACUCCUAGCCUGGUCACCAGUACAGCGCCUACCAUGAUCAAAAUGGAAGUGAAUGGUCACAGCAAGCCGAUCUCUUUGGGUGAGGUUCCCUCGCUUCCAGCUGGAAUCCAGGUUCCUGCUGCACCACAGACAGUGAUGAGUCCGGGGAUCACCCCUAUGCUGGCACCCCCCCCUCGCCGGACUCCCAAGCAGCACAACUGUCAGUCAUGCGGGAAGACCUUCUCCUCAGCAAGUGCACUGCAGAUACAUGAGCGCACCCAUACUGGUGAAAAACCAUUUGGUUGCACAAUCUGUGGUAGAGCUUUUACCACAAAGGGGAAUCUUAAGGUUCACAUGGGAACUCACAUGUGGAAUAAUGCCCCCGCACGCCGUGGCCGCCGCCUCUCUGUGGAAAACCCCAUGGCUCUGCUCGGUGGUGAUGCACUCAAGUUCUCAGAGAUGUUCCAGAAGGAUUUGGCAGCUCGGGCCAUGAACGUUGACCCCAAUUUUUGGAACCAAUAUGCUGCAGCUAUUACUAAUGGACUUGCUAUGAAGAACAAUGAGAUUUCUGUCAUACAGAACGGAGGCAUUCCCCAGCUCCCAGUAAGUCUAGGUGGAGGUGCCAUCCCGCCUCUAAGUAACCUUACCAGUGGCAUGGACAAAGCUCGCACAGGCAGCAGCCCUCCCAUUGUCAGUCUGGACAAAGCAAGUUCUGAAACGGGAGGCAGUCGUCCAUUCACCAGAUUUAUUGAGGAUAAUAAAGAGAUUGGCAUAAAUUAAAACUGUUCAUUCCAAAUAACUUUUGGACCACUGCUGGACACAACACUUGUCCUGUUCUGUGUACAGCUUUUGAAGCUAAGCAUUAGUUUUCUGACCUAAAUGCAUAGGUUCCCUUUAAAGUUUUACUUAUAGCAGAAAUACAUAACUUUGUGGCUGCUGAAAAGUUGUCUUGCAAGAUCUGCAUGGUACUUCUUUCAACAGUGAGUCUGACUGUUACUGAGAACUUUGAAACCUUUUAAUUUAACAGAAAACAAGCAAACAAACAAACAAAUCAUGGGAUAACUGCAUUAGAAACAGAGAGGCUAGUCUACGUCCACUUUGCUUCUUACAAAACUUACUAUUACCUGAGAAAGGGGGGCUUCACUACGGCAUUCUGUCACACUUAUUUGCUGGUUUUGUUCAAAUUAGUUAGCAACUUGGACUAUGUUUUUAGUAGUCUUAAUCUUAAAUGAGUGAUUUAGUACCCCAAUGCUGUGUAUUAUUACAGUAUCCUUGUCUGUAGUAUUUAUAAUGUUAAGAUUAUGCGGGUAACAGACAAUAUACUAGCCCCAAACUUAAAUGAAGCUUUUGUACUGCAAAAUACAUCUGGCUAUGUGAUUUUUUUUUUUUAAAGCAAGUUUUGUUCUACUAUAAAUAAGUGGUUUAUUUCAAUGCAGGCAAAAUUGUGACGUUUAUUGGGAAAGAUAGCAUGCUUUUCAUGUGCAAGUACCUGUCAGUAACAAACCUUUUUUUAUUUAAUUAUUUGUAGCUGCUAUGUGGACAGUUGUUCUAUUAAAUGAAAAAAAAAAAAAAAGUAGUGUGGACUUUAGCUCAAUGAUUGGAAAGCAAGUUACAGACAAACCUUAGCACCAUAAAUUAUUCACAACAUUAUAACAGUUGUGAGUAAAUACUCCAUGUUAUCAAAGCUGUACAAUAAAAAGGUAAUGUUUGUAUAAUGUGGUUGCAAACUCGUAAUUUAUACUAUUGCACUUUUAGUAUUUUGUAUUAGGGAGGUUUGUCUAUAAUUUGAAACUGAACAAAGAUGUAAACUAUUUUAUAAAUAGUACUUUGACUUAAGGAAUAAGUGGGAGAACCCUCUUGCAGUUUCUUGUUUUGUUUUAAGGUCAAACAAUGAGAGAUCUCCAUUAACUAAGCAGAAAAACGCAGAGAACUGUCAGAUCCUUAGGAAAUAUGGGGCCUGCCAUUUAUUAAAUGGAAAUGAUUUAUUUAACUUUUCCACAAAACCCACUGAAAAGCGUGACCACCCCCAACAGAACUCUGAUACAUUUAUCUUGGGAGUGUGAUAUUAAUACAAGCCUAGGAUAGUGGAAGGAGAACAUUGUGUAGGUUUAAUUUUACUGUGAUCUGUUCUGUGUCUUUCACACAUACCCACGAGAAAGAUGUUGACUGCCUAGUAACACAGGAACAAAAAUCCUAACUUUUGGGGAGCAUGAGCAGUAGUAACAUACAAAUAUUCCCUAUUUAUUCCCAACUCUUGCUGAUUAUCUUCUCAGACUGCUCCAAUGCACAAAGUAGUCUGAAUAAUUUAACAUAAUUUUAUGUUGAUUGCAAUGUUUAAAUUACACCAAGUAAAUAAACGGAAUAGUUCCACUCAUAAGCUAGGCUGGGGAUGCUGAGAAGACUGGGGCUUAAUCAAAACUUGAACAGUGAACGUUUUGUGUACUACCUCAUUUUUGUGCAUUACGAGCAUGGUGGAGUUGACACUAUGAACUUCUGUCCAGCAGAAUUGCUUGAGGGACUUUAUGGGUAGCUGGGUAACAGCACAAGGAGUUUUAUGCCCCUGAAGAAUGACUCAGACAGUGAGGUCUUCCCAGUUGAGACUGAAAAAUAGGACAAUCUUUCUUAUACAACAAAAACCAUUACUGUAAGAUGAUGGACUAUUUCUGCCAUCAUGUAAUGGAGUGAAAAGAGGUUCAAAAACUUAUUAGCUGUUUGUUUCUAUUGGAAAUGAACAAUGAACUCUACAGCUCCAUUUUCUACAGUGAUGAGACAGAGAUAUAUAGGUAUAUAUAUAUCUAUAUAUAAGCAAAAUUAUAUAUUUGUAACACCCCUACAACAUAACAUCUUUUUCUGCCACAGUAUGUGGGUGGUUAGGGGUGUUUCCAAGCAUUGAAAAAAGAAAACUAAGGUGGCUUAAUGUUGCUGUAUUUCAGCAAUUGAAUGUUUUUAUUUAUCUGUGUCAUUUUUGGUGUGACUUUUUUUUUGUUAGUAUUUGGUACCAUGUAGUGUUAUCUCUAUUCCCUAAAGGAUGUGUAUAACUUAAAAAAAAAAAAAAAGAAGAAAAAAAUAGAGAAGAAAAAAAUGAAAAAGGAAAAAAAGAAAAAAUAUGUAAAGUGUUGUAAAUAAGAUGGUUGAUGAUGGUACAGUAAGACUGUGACCCCAUUUUGUAUUCAGGGUUAGGUCAUUCCUCUCUGCAUGGUGAAGAGAGACACUAUUUUUAUACUGUGAUACCAUGUAGGGCUAGGAGCCUCCCUGAACCAGCUGGGAAUUGUUACCUAGAUCCAAUAUUUUUUAUUAUUAAAUCUUGUUGGCUUGACACAUCUACUGAUUGAAAUGGAUGUCUUAGUCUAGGUUACUAUUUUUGUCAUAUGGAAUUGAAUAAAAUGCAGGAUGUAAUAUUAUAUCUGAAUUGCGUUCCUUGAUUAUUCUAAUAACAGAGCAAGAUAUGAGACUAAGGUCACUUGUGGUAGAUUGGUGUCAAUGAUUUCUAAUCAUCGCAUCUGAAAAUCGGAAUAAGGUCAACACCUUAUAUUCAAAUGCUAUUCUAAUAUAUAUUAACAUUACAAAGGAGUAGAAUUAUUAAAGUCUCUUUUCCAAUGAAAAUAAAUUGUAAGAGCAUUUCUUGCAAGACAGCAGAACAACAACAUAAAAAACAUUUUGGAGGGGGAAAACAGCCUUUGGAAGGACUACUGUUUCAAAUUGACUGCUUCCUGAACACAUAUCAUGUGUUGUCUACCAAAAAGCCUCCUUUUCACGUUGUUUAAACAUCUGCCUAAUAUUCACGAUACCUUGUAGGAUAAAAUUUGGGAACGAAUUUAUCAGGAGUAGUUAAAUUCUAAAAUACUAAAAAUAAAGGAAAAAAAAUUGACAACUCGCAUCCGUUCAUUCCAAAUGACAUAACCUGUACAUUUAAACUCCUGACUUUAUUUAUUCUUUUUUUCCAAAAGCCUAAUUUAUCAAAGCGUGUCUAACUUUAACCAAAUUAUUUUUUCACAUUGAUUUAAAUGAAAGUAUUUACAUUCUUAAGGUUAGGCAUGUGAUUAAGUAUCUCCUGCAAAAAAGCUGUAUGUUUAAGUAACCUUCAAGCUGUUAUAAUCCAGUGAUGAAUGCCUGCUGCAUUUAAAACAGACAGAAGAUAAAUAAAAGAGAAAAAUCUGUAUUAAUCAUCUUUCUGUGGCCUUGUUAUGAAGAUACUCUCUUUUAUAAGACCUAUCCAAAGAAGGUACGGGUUUCCUCUGGUGACUCAACAACAACAGUAGGUUUGCGCUUGUAUUCCUGCAUGCACAUCCCUGAGCCUUGCUGAGAGAACACAUGAUAUGCAAAAGAGAAGGAAAGCAAAGGAGCGCUGAUAGGUAUGGUUCUAUUCAAAACACAAGCAGAAAAUUACCUGGUUUUAUCUUCCCCCUCCCCCAAAGAAAGGAUGAAAGGAUGAAAGCAGAAUGGUAUCUAUUUUUAAAUAUGUAUGGGUUAUUUUUUUAUUAUAAGAAGAGAUUGAAGAAUAAAAUGUGCUACACAGAUAAAAAUGGUCAAAAUCUGUUGAAUUGCAUAUGUUUAAAAAUAGAGCCAUGUAGGAAUUCUGUAAUAUCAGAAAAAUUACCAAUCAUGAUUUUUUGAGAGGAGGGUAAUUUUACAACAUAAAAAUUCCAGCAAGGCAUUCAAACUCUUCAAUUAUAUUUUUUCCAUGAGUUAUUAAAAAGACUAUUUAUGACAAAUGAUUGACAUAACUACUCUUUUGCCCUUUUUUUUUUUUGGUUUGUAUAUGUUAUCCCACGAUAUAUUAUCUGUUCCUUUACCUAGUUUUUCUUUCUGUCUCAGCAAAUACUUUGUUUUCCUAAAACUGCAUUGUGCUGUAUGUGCUGCCUUUAAUCUGCUUCUCUGCAUGUGCUCUGUCAUUUGGAAGAUACUGUGUUUUAUUUUUUUUCCUUUUUAUCUAAUUCUGCAGAAUUCAAAAGAGCUGCCUGUUUUUUACAUCUGUGUGUAACACUAGUGUAUUGAAUGAUGAAGUCAUCAGUGAUAUGAUCAGGUAUGUGCUUAGCUUACAGGAUUUGCUAACAAACAUGCCAUUCACACUCUUUCCUUCUGAAGAAGGCUUGAAGUUUGUUAGUGUUGCUGGUAUAGGGCAGCCACAGAUGGUCAGGAGGAUGGAAGUCCUGAUCCUAACUUUGCUGCGCCGACUUUUACACCACUGGAAUCUCCACGAGCUUUAGUGGAGAUACUCAAGGUUUAUGCCGGCGCAAGAGGGACUGCUUUCAGGUUCAGAUGUCUUGCUUCACUUUACAUGUCAUCACACCAAUGGCUAGCUACAUAAUAUACUAAAAGUAUGUCUGGGCAAAAGCAUUCUGGACUUUAUUUUUAAAAAGAAGGAAAAGAUAAUACAUAUAUUCUAGUACAUACCACAGGAUUAUCCCAGUUUUAAAGGAAGUCCUGAAAGCUGAACCUAAAAAAAAAUAUGGCCAUGCCCCUUAAUACAGAAUUUGAUGUCAUCAUAUGAAUAAUCAACCAUUUUUCACAUAAAUGAGUAAAAGGAUCUGUAACUUUUAUGCAUAAAAGUAGAAGAAUGUGAGAAUCUUGCUAUGGCCCUGCUGCCCUUGGUAGGCACUCACAGGGAAAUGCCUUCCCUUUGCACAUAUUAAAGGUAUCAGCAGAUUUACAAAAAUACAUAUUUGCGCAUUUCACAGCACCAAUGUAUAGUAUUUUAUUUUUUCAGAAGGGCGGAUGUCUCAAUCAAUUGACAAAGUGACAAAUGUGAAAGCCAACAGCUUCAGGCUGUAUUCCACUAAUAUAUUUUAGGGAUGUGGGCAAGUCGCUAAUUAGACUCUGAUUCUGCUUGAGAAUUACAAACUUCUGAGGCCUCUGGGAAUCGGGGAGUAAACUCCCCCUUGCGGAGUCAGCUAGCACCUUGUAGUAUCGGGAUGAACUAGCCCAUCAGUAAAGAUGGGUAAUACUUUUGUACCUACCUCACAGGGGUGUUGUGAGGAAUAGUUUUAUGUUUGUACAGUGUUUCAAAGAUGGAAAAUGCUUGGUAUUAUUACUGAUUUUAGAGAGUUUACAGUACAUGUACUAUUAUUUAUUAUUUGUACUCCAGUAGUACCUGUGGGCUCCAGUCAGGACUGAGAGGCCUUAUCCUAAAUGUUGUAGACUCACCUGCUUGGGACUGAUACUGGAUUUUACUCAUUUUCCACUGGAGAUAUUUCAUUAUCAAGUAUCUAUUUGAUUACUAUAGGGUUUUAUUUCAAUUAUUUAGGCCUUCAAAUUGAUUAUUGGUUUUAGACCACAGCAAAGAAUUUCAUGGUGUCACAUUUUGUUUUGAGCUUGUAUUGAAUUUCAGAAAAAGUGCACCAAUUUUCCAUGGAUACUCUAGAACCAAAUCUUGCUAUCAGUGGAAUUCUACUGUACGUUUUUGCUAUUAAAGCUAAACAUUAAAAUAAAUGUGUGUGUAUAUAUUAUUAUACACCAAUAUAUAAUAUACAUGUACCUUAUAAACAUGUAUGGUUUAAAUUUCUUUAGCUGCUUAGAAUUAAUAUCAAACUGUACGUUGAAUAUUUCACUCGAGCGUUAUCCAUUUCAGAUGCAACUAAAACAUUGUUAAAUGGUGUUGGCCCUCAGUAAAGACACAAAAAUUGGAAAUAAUGACAAUAAAAGACAUAUUGUCACUAUGAUUAUAUUCAUGAAGGCUUGUGAGGAAAGUUUCUGCGUCUCAAAUGUAUUGAAAACCUUCACUAAGUCAUAAAAGUCUUUACUUAGAUUAUAUGGAAACAAACUAUUAUAUCAGGAUGAGUCACUCACUGUAUAUAAGUAUGUUAAAAUAAAUAAUUGAAUAAUUCCAAAGGUAAUGCUUGCUAUCAUUUGAGUGUUGAAUAGAAAGUAAUUUGUUUCCCAGAUUGGUAAACUAUACUUAAAUUUUUUUACAAUUAAGAAUUACCUGAUUUACAAUACUAUGUUAAGCAACCUCUUUAGGAGCUGUUCAUGCACUAAAUAGACUAGGUAAAUUAAUUCUGUUGAUACUCUUGUCUUUCUUAUUUGAAUAUAAGCAAAGUUUAGGAUUUAGCUUUUUUAAGGUGUCCUCAGUGAUACUAGUCUAACUGAUUUCACUCGGGCAUGUCAUGGAGUAAAGGUAUGAGUAAUGGUGGGUGAAUUUAGUCUAAAGAAUCUCUCUUUCUUCUGGGAAUCACUGUCCUAUCUCCACUGCCCAAUUCUGGCUACCAGUCAAUAUGUCCAUAGGUUGUUGUCUUUUUUAUACGUUGAUUAGCCCUCAUGACUCAGCCAAUUUUGUCAAACACUUGGCACUUGUUCUGCUACAACACACACUUCAUAGCAGACCUAUUGAUACACUAGUAUAAGUAAUGUAUUUUAGACAGGCUGGUGAUGGAAGGUGUAAGUGAACAUCUCUGCUGGAAUUCCUACAGCAUUGCCUGUUGUGUGCAGCAAAUAAAGCAUGCACAUAAACGGAUAUGGUCAUCAGGAGAUGUGGGCACAUUUCCAUUUGG